AUGGCGAGCUGUUCAAGGCGCACCAAACAAUCUACAAAGUAUUUUUACCUCUUUAACUGCGAUGAAACCUGUAAUUUAAGUCAGGUGACGACGCUUCUGCGUUCAGUCGAGGGAAGAGUUGAUUUCAAGAUUAAAGUUGAGGAGCACACGUUUAGAACUGGAAGCGAAACGACUGCCUUUAGUAAAGUGUCGGAAGAAACAAUUCCUAAAUUGAGAAUGGACUACGCUGUGUUUAUGGUGCACGCAAAUGAUCAGCUUUCGUUCGAUGAAGACUGCUACGGAAAGAUAUAUAAAGCAUUAACGAAAAAAACCGGUUCAGGUAUGUGAUUUUAGAAAAUGAAAAGAAUUUUUCAAAAAUUGUAAUUACUAAUUGCUUUGAACCAACUAAAUUGUAAUGGUUCUGGUGCAUUAUGUUGUGCGAUCUUUGAAAUGCUUAGUUGAAAGCCGUUUACAGCGACCUUUAUUAUGUCAGUCAUAGAAAUUUCCGUCUGUUCGAUGCGAAGCUAAAACUUAUUAAGCAUUUACAAAAUAGUAUGAUUUCAAAGAAUUGAAAGUGACUUAAGGGUGUGUUUUCCAAGAAAUGUUAAGGAAAUCAUGCUGUGAUUGUUUAAUUCCCCAGCUAUGAGCUGAGCUAUUGGCCUCGAACAUUGUUGCAGCAAAAUCAGGUGGUAUUUUACUCGAACUAUGAUUCCGAUUACAUACGAACUGCAUCACAUGAAUUGUCUAACUUGCUAGUUUUUUUAUUUUAAAGAAACUAUAGCAAAUUAAAGAGUAAAGUAUUCUGUUUUGCAGCCGACAAUGUGUUAGUUGUGAUUGGCGGGGACAAGAAGUACGCGAACAGUGAGGAAAAACAAAGUAAGUUCAUUUCACAAUCCGCGUUCAGCGCCAUCAAAACCCAGCUUCAAGUGAAAUUCAUCGAUGGAAGGCAGAGUUUCAUCUUCUCUUGGGACGAUAGUCACAGACCAAUUCACGAAGAAGCAUUGUUGCAUUACUUUGAUCCAAGCAGAAGAGGACAGAAGUUUGAACACCAACAGAGAGGACAACCUACAGACAACGUCGCAGAGGUAAGUUAACAAAUCAUUUCUGCCGUAUUUCUAAGACGCCACUACCACGUGAUAAACGAACGAAGCCAGAAGUCGCCCAGUGCAUACUUCACACGCCUCCUCGCGCGCUUGGUGGCCAUGGUGGCGCAGAACGUAUCUCAUUCCCAGUCCUUUCUAUUGGCCUCGUCACCUCCAUGCUUUGCUUGGAGUUCGUGAGGGUUUCUUUUUGCAUUCAUGAUUUUGCGUGCAUUUUAGGCUGAAGCAACCGCCAAUGUCCAUGUAGAACCUACCCACCAUAAAAGCCAGAGGAGAGCCGGAAGUAAUGCGACCUUCUCCCCACAAUCUACGACAGAUGGAAAAAGACAAGCUAAGGACAAGAAAACGAGUAUGACUGAGUAUGAUUAUGUUUUAAAUAUUCAGAAAAAGGGUUACGAAAAUGUUUUCUCUGCUAUGUUUUUUUUAGUGUUUGAUGAUGUUACAAUUUCAAAAUUCCUUAGCUUUACUGGAAGCUCAUCAUCAUCAUCAUCAUUAUCAUCAUCAGUCAACCGAAAAACAGUCGAACAAGGGAUCCGGAGAAAGUUUAAACAUGGAGAGUGAGAAUGGGGAAGGAUUCCUUGGCUCACCUCACACAUCCUGUGAGUAAGCGAGAAAUUUAAGCCGGAAACUACUUUGUUGGGCAGAGAAACAAACGGAAUGGUGUAUAGAUUUACAGUACCCGAAGAAAAUAUUCUCAUGGCAAAGAAGCAAACCAACUAAAAACUCAACCCGGAUAUGGCAUUGCUAACCGUGUCCACAGCAAAGCGCCCCGCCCCCUCCCUCCCCCCAAAAAAUAUAUCGGGAACAGGAGCGAUUUGGUUUCAGGGGAAGGGGUGGGUGUACACAGGCCACGGCAUAACCUUUAGGAUCCGAACCCGGGCACAUUGUAGGAGACGAGUGUUUUCUGCGGCACCUUCCUCCCCCCCCAUAAAAAAAGCUCUUUAAUUUUAUAUCACGGAUAGUCUUUCCGUAAGAAGAGUUUUUCUUUUUGUCACAUGUUGUAUAUAUUUUACCGCAGGUUCAUCACCAGCUUCCCCUCCAAGUGGAACUGUAUUGCUAUCAACUCGUAUUCGUAAUGGCGACAUCUCUUACGACGAUGGAGGUGCGAGAUUUUGGGAAAACAACAGAACAUGGCGUCCUCCAGAUGAUGUAGUGCAAAAAUUGAAGAAAGAUUGGGCAUCAACAGCCUACGCUACGGUGGAGUUUAUAACUGAUGAUAAUGGUGUGGCUGAACCGAGAGUCAAGGUUACUCCAACUGACAGGUUCUGGAAUAACUGUACAAUAUCCUAG